CCCCGCACGCAACCGCCUCGCGCCUCCUCCUCUUCUUAAGUCUCAAUCCCCGCUUCCUUCCCUCCCCGUCAGUCCACUCCCCCCUGCUAGGCUGCUAGCUCCUCCGCUACAACGAUCUCCAUCCCACGGAACCGAACCCGCAUGCCUCUCGCGGCGGCCGCCACCGUCGCCGCUGCGCGCCCCUCCCCGAUUGGCCUGCCCCGCCCGUUAUGCCGCGCUUCCGCCCAUCCACGCCGCCGGUUCCGGCUGCAGGCGACCUCGCCCGCCUCCACGCCGGCACCUGCGCCCGCGCCGGCGACAGCGGACGAGGGACCCGGUGCGGGGCCGUGCCCCGUGGUUAGGUUCGACAUGGCUGACUUCACUGUCGCCGACCGCGUCAGCGUCGGGCUCCACGGACGGUCGGAUGAGAUGAUCUUCGAGGCCACGGUGCGCGAUCCGAGCAGUGAGCUAUACGGGUCAACGGUGGUGUUGAGGCAGCUGACGAGCUCGCAGGCCAAGCGCAGGGGCCGGCGCGCGCUAGAGGUGCUGAAGAAGCUGGCUCGCCGCCAGAUCAUGUACCACUCGUACGCGAUGCAGGUCCAUGGCUAUGUCACUCCAAGCAAUGUCAUGGAGGAGGGCGAUGGACCAUUCAUUUUGGUGCACGGGUACCAUGGGAGUUACUCCUUGCGUCACUGGUUGCAACUCUCGGAUUGGCUUCCAACCUUAGAAGCAACAUUGGCAUUGGAUGAAGAACAAGUAAGGAGGGUAGGAGAUGAUUCGAUUGGAGGACCUGCUGUUACUCGGCAGCUACGUCUAAUCAGGAUAUUGAUGAGAGACCUUCUGAUUGGUGUAAAUUAUCUACAUAGCCAUGGAAUGGCACAUACUGAGCUUAGACUGGAGAAUGUUCAUGUAAGCCCAGUAGACAAGCAUGUCAAAGUUGGUAUUCUUGGGAAUGCUGUUGAUUUUCAUGACAGUGAUCCUAACAAUAGUUCAGUACCAAGUAACAAUGACAGACGAAAAAUGAUGAUAGCAUUUGACAUGAGAUGCGUUGGUUUCAUUAUGGCAAAGAUGGUUCUGAAAGAGCUCAUGGAUUCUUCAACAUUCCUAAAAUUCAAGUCAUUCUUGAAUAAGGGAAAUGAUCCAUCAUGUUUGCGCGAGUUCCUUGUACCUAUUCUUAGCCAAAAUUCUCCAACUGGGAAUAUUGGUCUGCAGAUGCUCGAUAGACACUGGGGUGCUGGUUGGAACCUUUUGGCCUUAUUGCUCGCAACAAAAUCUGACAAUAGGAUAAGUUGCCUCGAUGCACUGCGGCACCCCUUCCUUUGUGGACCUAAAUGGAGAAUAAGUCCAUCAGUGAAUGUUGUACGUUGGGGCUUGGGAUCUACUGCUGUCCGCCUGGCUGAAGAUUAUAUUUAUGGGCAUCACCAGCGUAGACGGUUAGCAUAUUUUAUUGAGUUGAUGGAAGUGCUAAACCCUAAUUCAAGAACAGAGAGUUGGCUUCACCUCCUACCUGGUCGCUGGUGCCUCUUAUACUGUACAGGAAGGCACAUCGGUCUAACACUUCGUCAGCCUACCCCCAGAAUCCUCAUGAGUGACGUGUUCCUCACAUUUGCACAAACUCCAGAGUCUGUUGACCCCGUUUUAUCUCUGGCCUCAGAUAUUGGUUUCAAAAUUAUGCCAGAAUCUGACUGGCCUCAUGACAAAUCUGGCACCGAAGGAAAUUUGUCUGUUACAACAUCAGCAAGGAUAGCUCCUGGGAGGAUCUAUAUUAAUGCAGAAGAUAGUAAAGACAGUAGGAUCACAUCUUCAAGGAGAUAUCUUCACGGCAAAUGGGGAAAAGCUUCGAAAAUGAAGGAGCUGCCUGCUAGCCUCCCCACCGCAAGCAUUAAUGUCGAUGAAGACGAAGUUGAUGUGUCAAUGACUUGUGGCUCGACUUUGAAUGUCAAUUCUGCACGUAAAGUGCUGCAAGAGGUCCGUACUCAGACCCCACCGGAAAUGUUCGAUUUGUCAAAGAUUGUUUGUGGUACAUACAUCGAUUCAAGGUUGAUGAUUCUUCGUGGUGUUAAUGGGUCGGCUUUACUUUUCAUUAGAUCGAAUUGUACGUCAGACUCCUGAGAAGAAUAUUGGAACCCUGUGUUUUUUCCUGUACAUUCUUGUAUUUGUAGGUGUCCAUUAUUGAUUUGUAACAACUGUACAUAAUAAGAUGUCCAGCGAAAUCAGAAUGUUUUAUCUAACUUUCUUUCGAACAAGGAGGAAAUAUAUUCUCAUUUUGGGUUUUACA